AUGGAUAAAGAAUCAAAAUGGACACCUAGCACAGAUAUAAGAAUGGGUCAACGAGGAGCUCAAGAAAAUUCCAAAGAUGAAAAUGGUUGCUGGGCGAAGUGUCAAAACAGAGAGAAUCUUAGCAUAGAUGAUUAUGAAAAAGCAACACAAUUUUGGUUAUUUAGCUGUAAGCGACCUCACAUGAGAGGUUUCCAAGCAUCCUGGUUUGGCACUUUCAUUGCCUUUUUUGGUUGGUUCUGUGUCCAGUCAUUAGUUCCAGAUAUCCAAGAAGAUCUGAAUUUGACAGAUGAAGAAGUUGCAAAUUCUGGAAUAACUGCAGUAGCCUCUGUGAUAGGGGUGCGACUUGCAACAGGUCCAUUGACUGAUCGAUUUGGGCCAAAACGUAUCAUGGCUAUACUCCUAAUGGCUGGGGGAAUUUCACUUGGAAUUACAGGCCUUACAUCUACCGCCACUGGACUUAUGAUUGCUAGAUUCUUUAUUGGCAUUCUUGGUGCUACAAUUGUUCCAUGUCAUUCUUGGGCAGUCAGUUUAUUCAGUUCCAAUAUUGUUGGUUCUGCAAAUUCAUUAGCAGCUGGCUGGGGAAAUGUGGGAGGAGGAGUUGCCUUUCUCGUAAUGCCUCUGCUGUUAAGACUGGUGCUACUGAUUGGAGUGAGGAAAUCAAAUGCUUGGAAGAUAACUUUGAUUAUCCCAGCAAUAAUAUGCCUAAUUAGUGCAGUCCUUUUAUGGUUAUUCACGGAUGACUGUCCACAAGGUAGAUGGAGAUCAAGAAAGACAAUAGGAGAAACAGAUAGACUUGAAACUGCCAAUGGGACAGUUAAUCCAGCAUAUAAUUCCAAAAGUUGGUUCUGUGUCCAGUCAUUAGUUCCAGAUAUCCAAGAAGAUCUGAAUUUGACAGAUGAAGAUGUUGUAAAUUCUGGAAUAGCUGCAGUAGCCUCUGUGAUAGGGGUGCGGCUUGCAGCAGGUCCAUUGACUGAUCGAUUUGGUCCAAGACGUAUCAUGGCUAUACUCCUCAUGGCUGGGGGAAUUUCGCUGGGAAUAACAGGCCUCAUAUCUACUGCCAAUGGACUUAUAAUCACUAGAUUCUUUAUUGGCAUUCUUGAUGACUGCCCACAAGGUAGAUGGAGUUCAAGAAAGACAAUAGAAGAAACAUUAGGAGAAACAGACAGACUUGAAACUGUCAAUGGAACAAUUAAUGCAGCAUAUAAUUCCACAAGUGAUGAUUCAAUAGUUCCAGUGCAGCUAAGAGAAAAUAAUACUUCCAAGAAAUUCACUAAACAUAAUAACCAAGGAUUUCGAGGGCAUGUUGGAUUUAGGAUAUUUGCAAUUGCUGUCCUAUUCAUACAAUUUUCAGGUAUUGGAAUAUCUAUUUGCAGUACAAUGAAUCUGUACCUAUUGCGAAAAUCAAAGACAAAAACUGUGAACUGA